ACAUUGCAGAUAUUGAUGGUGUUUAGUAUAUAAACCGGGUCGGGAAUGAGACGCAUCAUUCAACGAUCGGAACUUCAGGCAGCAACAUGAAAUUGAUCAUUUUAGCUUCCAUUAUCGGCGCUUGCGCGGCUGCAGUCCUUCCAGGAUAUGUAGCUCCACAGUACCGCCCCUACUACCAAGCAAGACCUCGCGCUGCCCUAGAAAGGAACGCUGCCAUCUUGAGAUCUGUUUCCGAUGUCAAUGAGCAGGGAUAUCACUUCGCUUAUGACACCGAAAACGGAAUACAAGCUGAGGAAACUGGCGUCGAAGCUAACGGCAUCCAAGCUCGAGGCGGCUACUCCUACGUUGGUGAUGAUGGUCAGGUCUACAGCGUUAGCUAUACUGCUGAUGUGAACGGCUUCCAACCGCAAGGCGCUCAUCUGCCAACCCCUCCACCUAUUCCUGAAGCCAUUGCCAAAGCUCUGCAAGAGAACGCUAGGGACGAAGCAAAUGGAAUUUUCGAUGAUGGUAGUUACCGCGCGGGUAAAUACGACCCUGGCGUAUUUGGCGUCAGCGCCUACACUACCCCGAGGUACAUCGUGCCCUACCGACAACGCUACUAGACGACGUCCGUGCCAUCGAUUAGAAUUAAGUUUGUACAGUGCAAUGAUUAUGAAAUAAAUUGAAGAUCAUUUUAUAA